UGGCCUUUUCGUUACCGAUCUUGAAGAGCGUUUUCUCGCAUAGGUAAGCCUGUAUCACCGAUUCAUCUCGAACCAUUCUGUGACGACCAGAACCCUCAGCUGAGGCAUUAUUCAUUUGUGCAUCCUCAGCCCAGAAUAACAUACGCAUCCCAGUCACUCACGACUCGAUGUAUGGAGCGAUGCUGCGAUUUGAAACUUUUUAACAUGGAAGAGGGUGCCGAAAUUCUCCGAGAAAUUCCAAAGCCCCAACAGGCCGCCUUUCUUCACCCUUCCCAUGGGCAUCCUUAUCCCUGGCGGACCCCAAAAGACCCUGCAUAUUCCGAUCCUGUGAUCGCUCGGUUGCUUGCCGGUACUAGUGGCCGUGGAUCCAGCAUGUAUGCAAUGUAAACCGCUCGAAUUGCGAAGCCGAGCCCCGAG